GGCUGGAUAUUGUCUUAGGAGGUGGUACUAGUGGGGUGGAAUUCCCUCAUGCAGGAGUUUGCACUAGAUGCCUUUACAAAGCUGGAUACUCUGGGAGCAGCGUGGGCUGAUGGAGUAUGAACUAGCCUGGGCGAUCUUUACGAGCUGAAAUCCUGCACAUCACAGAAGGGUUUGUUUCUCUGCGCAAAGCCUGGGAUGCUGUUAGGAACCUGCUUACAGACACGUGAACAGAGCCCCCAGACCCAAGAGCACCAGCCUGCUCCAUGAACUCGCCAUGAAAGUAUUUUGUAUUUUUUUUGACAGAAACGCGCAAGUAACUUUCGCUGGAGGAACUGAGGAUUUUUGUAGUUGGUCUGGUAGUGGUUUAAAACCAGUAGAGCCUUUGCAGCAGUGAUGAGGGAGUGACAAGUCAGAGCUGCUCGGUGUGCUGCUGCUGUCCCAGUGGCUGGCGGAGAGGAGCGUGCCCGUGCAAUGAGGGAACUGACCCAUUAAGUAAUUACUGCCUCGAUACUGUCCUGCUGCAUGCAAAACUGCCUGCUCCAGAGGACGGGACCCAUGGGGACGCAGCAGGCAGCCGAGCAGUGCGGGUUCCUGCACCUGCACGUGGAAACUCCGAGCAGCUAACGCUGACUGCCCAACCCCCCGAUGGGACUGGACCCGAGCUCCUGCGCUCCAUAUGGGGAUGAAGGUAGAACCAUGUUACCUGCUACCUAAGGUCUCUGCUGCUGCAGUGGUAGCUGGUGGAUAUGGUCCUGCACCAGGCGUCGCACACAGACUCUCAGCUCUGAGCCAGCCCAGGAGGUUUUAGUGGCCACGGACUCCGAUCACCCUGCGCUACAGGGCUGCGGCGCUGGAGAGUUACUAUGCAGCUUGGACUGUUUGUGGUGGUGGUUUUUCUAAGCUCGAUGGAUCUAACAGGCGGCAGCAAAGUGGUGAAGGGCAAGAGGCAAAGGCGAAUUAGCACUGAGCUGAGCCAGGGCUGUGCCAGGGGCUGCGACCUGUGCUCUGAGUUCAACGGGUGCCUGAGAUGUUCCCCCAAGCUCUUCAUCCUUCUGGAGAGGAAUGAUAUCCGGCAAAUUGGGAUCUGCCUCCCAUCCUGUCCACUGGGAUACUUCGGCCUUCGCAAUACAGACAUGAACAAGUGCAUCAAAUGCAAAAUCGAGAACUGUGAGUCCUGCUUCAGCCGAAACUUUUGCACAAAAUGUAAGGAAGGUUUGUAUUUGCACAAAGGGAGAUGUUACGUCACAUGCCCUGAAGGCUACUCUGCUGCCAACGGCACCAUGGAGUGCAGCAGUCCUGCACAAUGUGAAAUGAGUGAGUGGGGGCCCUGGGGGCCCUGCUCCAAGAAGAGAAAGCUGUGUGGCUUCAAGAAGGGGAACGAGGACCGAACGCGGCGGAUCCUGCAGGCUCCCUCUGGGGACGUGUCCCUGUGCCCCGCCACCACGGAGGUGCGCAGAUGCACUGUGCAGAAGAGCCAAUGCCCCGAAGGGAAAAGGAAGAAAAAGGAUGAGCAAGGAAAGCAAGAUAAUACAAAUGGGAACAGAAAUCGGAAAGACACCAAAGAUGCAAAGUCUGGCACCAAGAAAAGGAAGAGCAAACAGAGAGGGGCUGUAGCCCCCACCACAUCCGCCAGCCCUGCCCAAUAGCUGCCCCUUUAUGUCACCUGAUGGCAAGACUUCAUUGCUGCUAUGUAUAUGAAAGCUUUAUUGAACCAGAGCACUGCUACACAACAUUACACGUCAGAAAGACAGACCUAUACUCCUAGACUAGACUCGACAGAAGCCACAUCCACAACACUUAAGGAGGCGGUACCCCCAGCACCACGGAUGGCAUCCACUGGGGCAGUGGGACAUUGCGGGACCAGAGGUGAGGAUGAACCAAGGAUGGGGACAUGGGGCCUCGGGACACUUGCCUCGUGCCCAGCCAGCCACGGGGACUGGAUUUCUGCUCUUCCAAACUGGGGAACUGGAUUCACACAAAGGCAGUGUCCUCUUUCUCUACCCCCCAACCCUUUAUUUUGUGUUUUAAGCUGUAUGACUUUAUCAUUGAGAAUAAUACAUGUUAAACGUUUGUGGUAAGAGGUCAGUGGUAUCUGCCCUGAAUCUGCUUCAAAGAGUUAUUCUGAAUUAAAAGCAAAACAAAACCAAACCAAACAAAAAAAAAAAAAAAA